AAAAUGGUGAUAUGACUGAAAAAAAUAUUAGUUUAAGAGUUUGGGGACUAAUUGAAAUAUUGCCAACGAUUCAUCAAGCCACUGUUGUACAGAUACAAAAAGCACAACAACAAAAUUUCUGA